UAGUAUUUACUUGUUUAGGAACAAAGCCUCAUGUAGGCGUGUAUUUCAGUGGGUCCAUCGCCGUCCACGUCAAGUUCAACACAUGUUGGAGUUGAUUCUACAGCUUCCUAGUCAAUUUCUGGAAGAAUACAUCACCCUCGAUUUCCGGGCGCGAUGACUCGUUCUCUACACGUGUAGAGCUCUACAAAUAUUAUAUCCACUGGGAUUGUAUCUGGCGUUUUUCAUGGCCCCCAGUAUUCCUGAUACCGUUCAGAACAUUCUGAACUUUGGCCUAAACCUUACCCAUCAGGAGUGCCUCUCAACCGAUACAUUCCCGAAGCACUCGCCGAUAAAAUUUCAGGACAAACAUCUCGACGAGAACUACAUUCUGAAGCAGGUUGUGUCUCUUCCCGGAACCGAGCUCCUGACGGGCCUUCUGAAUUUCGCUAACGAGCUCCUUGAAUCUGUGGACGAGUUUCCAACACCUUCUCUCCCUGCACUUGUGACACACCGCUUCCCUGCUGUCGAUCUCAAUGCAGACACAAUCGCCAAAUAUUACCAGAACUCCAUCUCCGAAGCAUGUUGUUAUCUUGCCUCUCACCUCCUUCUCCAUUCCAAAGCGAUCAGUUGGUGCAAUGACUUAUCGUGGAGACAAACAGGAGAUUCAGAAGUGCGGCCCUUUCCACGCAACUGGAAUCGAGCGCGGAUUGAAAGGCGGUUGUCGGAAGAAUAUUUUGUUGCUCGCAAGUGGUCUCUUGUUCGCAUUAGAGACUCCCCUUCUGUUCCAAUCGGUUCUUUAACCCCAGGAGAACAGAAUAUUAGGAAAUAUUUGUCAAACUGUUCAGAACAGACUGAGCUCGCUGUCUGGGAAGUUUUUGCUUGCACGGUAGCCUCUGAUUACCUUUUCGACAGUAUUCGGAACAUUGCACGAAAGUCGACCGAAGAAAAGACGAUUUUUUUGUGGAAGAGACCACAUACCAAAGAGUUUAACAUCAAACAUGUGCCCUACAAACGGUAUUCAGAUGCUAUCCCAACGCUUUGGACUUUGCCACAUGACUCUUUUAAUUUUGAUACAGAAUGUUCUGCCUUCGAAUGCAAUGAAGGAACUUCUCAACGUCGACCUCGGACGCAACCAAUUGACAUCCGACCGCUGGAUAGCUUGGACCGGGAAAAUGUAGAAAUCGAGAAUAAUCCUUCUGAUAUCGCGGUAUGGGGACAAGAUUAUCUCCAACGGGCGUGGGCUCGUGCUGUCGACAUUGACGCCACAUUCAUCAUACUACACCGUGGUACAACUGAAAUCAUCUGCGUCAGACACCGAGCAUCCCAAACACUCUUCGUCUCGGAAAUCAUCGAUACUUCAGUCAAAUACUACGGCAAACUUCAAAUUGCCCUCUACGCUGCAAUUCUGAAAGAUCAAGUAGAACGGCAGGAAAUCUGGGAUAGAGAACAUCCCUCUAAAUCGAAGGUUACGUCGGAGAAGAAGCGCUCUUUUGAUCAGGUUGAACCCGAAACUCAUAGCUGUUCGAGAAAACGACUCCGUUCAAACAGUCUCACUGGCAGUCUUGAUACAUUACAGGCCGUGCCCAUCUCUACGUUGUCUUUGAAGGAGCGUUGCAAGAAACUGGAGCUAGCUAUUGUCAGUCUCGACUACUAUUUGCAUAGGUCAACAAUUCCUUCAAUGUUCGUUCGACGAAAAUUCGACGGCAGGGAGUUCCUUCGACCUUUCUCGCUACGAUCAUCAUAUCCUCCGGAAUCCUGCCUCCGGAUUAACGUCAAGUCGUGGAUUGGCGGCGGAGCCUCGGGACAUGCACAUCGAGGAAUCUUAUACAUUGGUUCUGAUGAUAAACGCUGCGAAGAGGUGGUGGUAAAAUUCGGUCGGGACGAUCAUUCACGACAGUCUAUGAGGCACGAGUUGAAGGUCUAUGAGUAUCUUGCGCAGGCCAAAGUGAAAUCAGUUCCCCAUUGUUACGGGCUCUUUGAGGAUAUCGAAAACAAAGAUAGCCCCUAUAUAUUGGUUACCAGCUAUGCUGGAGAGAGCUUGGCGGUAUCAUGGAAGAGGGGUCGCGCCACGAUACCAAAAUCUCAACAGUAAGUCUCGUUUAACAUCCUUAUCCUCUCAUCAAUGUUAAUGCUUGCUAGUCCUACUUUCCUCCGCAGUUUGGCAGAAAUUCAUGCUGCUGGUAUACAUCAUCGGGACUUGCGCGCGCC